AUGGGAUACUACUUUCCAAAUAUACAUCUAUCCAAUUGCCAAUUUCGUUUUAGGUUUGUAAACGUUAUGCAAGAUAUUAUUGAAUUCAAUGUUGGUGGAACAUAUUUCGCCACUACCUUAAAAACAAUAUCCGUUGAAAAAUCUAGUUAUUUAUAUAACUGGUACAUAGAACAUAUUGGUGGUGCUCAUUUGUUAAGAGAUAAAAAAGGGAUAUACUUUAUUGACAGAGACCCAGCAUCAUUUGCUGUCAUAUUAAAUUAUUUACGUCUUCGUGUUUCAAAUCAAUUAUGGGAAGCAUGCCUUCCUAAAGAUCCAGAUCUUUUAGCUAUGGUAGCACAAGAAGCAGAUUAUUUUCGUAUUCAUAUGUUAAGAGAUCAAGCAAUUGCUUUACUUCAAAAUUAUACAGAAAAAGGAUGUGAAAAUUACGUAAAAGAGGUUCUUUCAAAAAGUUUCAGCUGUCCUCAAGGUUUCCCUAAAGACGAUGAAGAUUAA